ACCACCGAGUACAGGGUGACUUCAUCUCCCAGCUGCAGCAUUGUUAUCCCCUUUUAUCGUUCUGACUGUCAAAUAACAGAAAGUAGCCUGUCAGUUUAACAUUAGCUCACGUUAGCUACCCGCCCUGCUAAGUGUAGGCUCUUCAGACGCCCUGUCAGAGAUACAAAGGUCAUGCUGGGCAGUCUGCAACUGCUCAGUUGACACGUGAAGCAGGAACAGUUGUCCGUUAACGCUGCACUCUGUCUGCGGCGGAUGUGACAACUCUGCCGCAAGUAACAUGUCGCUUCUGCAAGAUGAAAUAUAGUUUGCAGCAAAAGGUACAGGUUCGGGUUCAGAUCAGGUCAGUGCUGCAGCGCAGGUUAACCUCCCACAUCCUGUCCUGUAACAGAGGAUCAUGUCUACUCACAGGUCGGAUACCUUAUGGUGUUCAGCCUCAUUCACCAGGCCACACACCUAUCCAGCAGAGCUUCCACGUACCCCUGAUACCUAAAAUCACAGCCCUGGUCAGGUACUCUGACUUGCCCACACCGGAGUACACUGUGAUUUACACAAUGCCUCACAUUAGGCUCCUCAGAGCCAUGUCCAGGCUCAAACUGCUCCAAACUGCCAUCACCAUGGCCAUCUUACCACCAGUGUACUUCUUCUACCUCCGGGGAGACGUCCCCUUUUUUCUUGUCAGCUACACUACGGUGACGGCACUGUUCGCUGGCGUCAUGCUGUACACUGCCAGUCACUUCUUCAGGAGUGUUGUGGGGAGGAUGUACCUGGACCAGUCUCAGACCACCCUCAAAUUGUCCCACCUCACCUUCUGGGGCAGGCGCCAUGACAUCUUCCUGCCUGUGUCAGAUGUUAUGACAAUUGGGGAUACAGGGGACUCCAUAAACGAGAAGAUAUUGAAAUUUAAGAGAUUCAGCAGUCCACAGACGAUGUAUUUCUCCACUUAUUUUGGACGUGUAGUGGACAAACAGGGUUUUGAGAAGGUGUUUGGAACUUGAUAAUGAUAGUUUGUUCAAAAUGAACAGAUUGGGACGUUGAUAGUCAACAGUGAAUCUUUCUAAUUAUGUUCAAAAUAUAAUGAGGAUCGGUUCUACGUAAAAAACAAGAUAAUACAGUGGAAGACUGUUGCUGGUAUAACCUGUGAUUGAGAUGUUAGUUGUUAUCGGUCUGAUAUGUCCAUCGUGAAUAACAAGCUCAUUCAUUAUUUUGGGGAAGUUUGUGAUUGACGAGGAAGGAUGCAUAUUUGCCGGCCUCAGCAGGACUGUGGCCUUUAGAGUGGAACAACAACAAGUGACGAGUGUUGCCAGUAAUAUGUUGAGUACGCAGAGGACUUUGGUACCAGACCAAAGUCAUGUCUCUUAAUAUGUGAAGCCGAAAAAAUUAAAUCAAAGUCUUCUUGGUACAAAUUUGGUUGUCUUAUUUUUUUACAAGCUGAAAUAGUCGUGUUGCAUCUUAACAGUGUUAAAUUGAUGUUAUGGGAUAAUACAAUAAACCUGCAACUACAA